UAGGUGUUUUCUUUUCUUUCUUUUUUUUACCAUGUUUCAGUGGUGUGUGCAGCUGUGAGGAAUACAGAGGAUUUUACAAAAUAACUUGAAGUUUUCACCGAGUUGUCAAGAUGUUGGCGGUUCAUCUUGUAUCCUUCUUCUUCUCCAAACUUCAGGAGGAUCCCACAAAGAAGGUGGACCGGUUCUUGUAUGCUAUGCGACUCCAUGACGACCAGCUCAGAGACAUUUCGGCUCGUUUCCAGGCUGAAAUAAAGAAAGGGCUUUCAUCUGAGAGCAACGCCGCAGCGGCUGUGAAGAUGCUGCCGACACAUGUUCGCUCCACCCCUGAUGGAACAGAGAAAGGACAGUUCCUGGCAUUGGAUCUCGGAGGGUCCAAGUUUAAGGUGCUCCAAGUGAAAGUGAGAGAGGGUAUGGGGAUCAGGAAAGGAGGAGUGGAGAUUGAGGAGAAGACCUACCCGAUACCCAAAGAGCUUCUGACUGGGAGAGGAACAGAGCUCUUUGACCAUGUAUCAGAGUCUCUCAAGGACUUCAUGCAAGAGAAAAACAUCAGCAUGGAGAAGAAACAUCCUCUGGCUUUUACUUUCUCUUUCCCAUGUGAACAGUCCAGCUUGGAUCAAGGAUUAUUGUUGAACUGGAGUAAAAAGUACAGAGUCCGAGGUCUUCAGGGUAAAGAUGUGGUCCAGGUCCUCAGAGACGCUAUCGACAGAACUGGGGGUAUGGAUGUAGAGGUGUUAGCCAUGGUUAAUGACACUGUAGCAACCAUGAUGACCUGCGGUUUUGAUGACAACUACUGUGAUGUCGGACUCAUCAUUGGUACAGGCACAAAUGCAUGCUACAUGGAGGGUCUGCGUCACAUCGACCUGGUGGAGGGAGACGAGGGCAGGAUGUGUGUGAACACUGAGUGGGGCGCCUUUGGAGACGACGGGGCUCUGGAUGAUUUCAUCACUGAGUUUGACCGAGAUGUGGAUGCAGCCUCUAGCAACCAAGGGAAACAAAUCUUUGAGAAAAUGGUCAGUGGGAUGUAUCUGGGUGAGAUUGUGAGGUUGGUGGUAUUGAAGAUGGCUAAACUUGGACUUCUGUUUGAUGGCCAUGUUUCUGAUGCCCUGAGGACUAAAGGAAAGAUCACCACUGCAAAUGUAGCAGCCAUGGAGGAGUACAAAAAUGGUCUAAACAACACCAAAAAGCUCCUUACAGACCUUGAUCUGACCCCAACAAAGGACGACUGUAUUGCUGUUCAACAUGUCAGCACCAUAGUGUCCUUCAGGUCCUCCAAUCUGGUGGCUGCAGGACUGACGGCCAUAUUAACACGAAUCAGGCAAAACCGUAAUUUAAGGACAUUAAGGAUCACUGUAGGUGUGGAUGGAACCGUGUACAAGACACACCCACAGUAUCCUAAACGUCUUCACAAAGUAGUGCGCAGGUUACUUCCAGAGUGCCACGUCAGGUUUGUCCUCUCAGACAGCGGCAGCAGCAAAGGAGCCGCUUUGGUAUCAGCAGUUGCUCAGAGACUGGCAUCACGAAAGAGACAGGUGGAUGAGACGCUGUGUCCAUUCAGACUGAGCAGAGAACAGCUGCAGUUGGUAAAAGCCAGGAUGAGGGCAGGGCUAGAGGCGGGGCUAAAGACUAAAGGCCCUUCUGCUAUCAAGAUGCUGCCCUCUUUUGUGUACCACACACCUGAUGGAACAGAGCAUGGGAAGUACCUUGCAUUGGAUCUUGGAGGAACAAACUUCAGAGCAAUGCUGGUGAACUUUAAAAAAGGUAUGCAACAGAACGCAAGACUUUACCAUAAGAUCUACACCAUCCCACUGGAGAUAAUGCAAGGAACUGGAGAAGAGUUGUUUGAUCAUUUAGCACAGUGUGUGAGUGACUUCUUGGACUACAUGGGGAUGAAGAACGCUCGUCUCCCUGCAGGCUUCACCUUCUCAUUCCCCUGUGAGCAGACGGCUAUUGACACAGGCACGCUGGUGAGCUGGACCAAAGGCUUUAAGGCCACAGACUGUGAAGGACAUGAUGUUGUUGAAAUGCUGAGGGAGGCCAUCAAGAGACGCAACGAGUUUGACUUGGACAUCGUAGCCGUGGUUAAUGACACCGUUGGGACAAUGAUGAGCUGUGCAUAUGAAGACCCUCAGUGUGAGAUUGGUCUGAUUGCUGGAACGGGCACUAAUGUGUGUUACAUGGAGGAACUGAAGAACAUUGAGAAGACCGAACAGAAGACGGGAAGAGUAAAAAUAGAAGAGGGGACACCCAAAGGCGAGGAGGAUAAGCAGGGUGAUGGGUCUGAAGGAGAGAAGGAGGAGGGCAAUGCUGAGAUACAAAAGAUGUGUAUAAACACAGAGUGGGGGGGCCUCGGUGAUGAUGGCUCUCUGGAUGACAUCAUCACACCUUAUGACAUCGAGGUGAACCAAAACUCAGUCAACCCUGGGAAACAAAGGUUUGAAAAGCUGACCAGUGGGAUGUAUUUAGGAGAAAUUGUCCGUCAGGUGUUGUUGGAUUUAACCAGAGGGGGUUUACUGUUCAGAGGACACGUCACUGAGACUUUAAAAACACCUGGAAUAUUUGAGACAAAAUACUUGUCACAGAUAGAAAGUGACCGCCUGGCUCUACUGCAGGUCAGAUGUAUUCUACAGCAGCUGGGGCUCGACAGCAACUGUGAGGACAGUAUCAUUGUCAAAGAGGUAUGUGGAGCUGUGUCACGUCGUGCAGCUCAGCUGUGUGGGGCAGGAAUGGCGGCUGUGGUGGAUAAGAUCAGAGAGAACCGAGGACUGGACCACCUGAACAUCACUGUAGGGGUGGACGGGGCUCUCUACAAACUACAUCCUCAUUUCUCUCAGGUCCUUCAAGAGACUGCCAGGGUUUUUGCUCCUCAGUGUAACGUGACCUUCCUGCCGUCAGAGGAGGGCAGCGGGAAAGGUGCUGCUCUCAUCACGGCUGUUGCCCGACAGAAGCAGGAGAUGUAACUACACAUGACUGGAAAAAAGGAUUUGAAUGGAUAUUCACAUUCUUCUUUGUUUGGAAUACCGUCCUGCAGACAGUGAUGUGUCUGCCUCUGAAGCUCUGAUGAAAUCAGAUUCAACAACAUCCUCUUUACACCUGAAGGCAGGAGUAACUCAUCUGAAGCACAGGACACAUGCUGAUCCCUCUCAGGUUUCCCAGACAUACAGCCCACUUUUCUGCGUUGUGCAACCAGCUAAAAUAAUAACACCGCUGCCGGGGAUUACAUUCUAGUCAUGAGAGAUAUUUAAAGACCUGAAUAACAAAUAUUGGAUUUUACAAAAUGAACAUAAAUCUGAUCAGCCAGAAUCUCUGCUGAGAAAAGCU